AUGGCUCCUCUAUACGUUGACAGUAUUGGCUUGGCCAACUGGGCCAUCCUCGCUUCUAUUUCGUUGACAGGUUACUUCGUCUGUCUUGCUAUCUACAGAGUGCUGCUGCAUCCACUUCGGGCCUUUCCAGGACCUAUCUCACAUCGUGUCUCGAACUUCCCUCGCGCAUUUCAGAGUACGCGCGGCGAGCUUGGCUUCCACGUCGCAGACUUACACCGCAAAUACGGCCCAGUGGUACGCCUCGGACCUAAUGAGCUGGCGUUCUCGGACCCCCAAGCAUGGAAAGACAUCUACGGACAUCGUACUCCCGGCCAGGAGGAGUUUCCCAAGUACCUAAAGUUCUACAAACCGUUUGACGACAUGCCGUCGUCGGUCAUCUCAGCAGAUCGUAACGAGCAUAGUGCUCUUCGGCGACAGCUGGCGCAUGGCUUCAGUGAGCGGAGCAUGCGUGGGCAGGAACCGAUCAUCGGGGAGUAUGUCGAUCUAUUGAUACAAAAGUUGCGGGCGAACUGUGAGGGUGGCACAAAGCCUCUGAACAUGCGAAACUGGCUCAACUGGGCGACAUUCGAUAUUGUUGGCGACCUCGGUUUCGGCAGCCCCUUUGGCUGUCUCGACAGUAGCGACUAUCAUCCUUGGGUACGAUUGAUAACAGAUAACAUCAAGCAAGGCGCCUUAUUGAAUGCCUUACAGUCUGUUGGCGGGAGACCAAUCGUGCAGUUCUUGAAAAAUCAAGGUCUACUUAAGCGGAGGGACCAGCAUCAAGCAUUAGUAAAGGAGAAGCUUGCGCAGAGAAUGGAACUAGGAGUUGAGAGGCCUGAUCUUAUUGAAGGCCUCAUCCACAAGAAAGAAGAACUGGGCCUAGACUUAGGCCAGCUCCAGAUGAAUGCCAGUCUCCUGAUUAUUGCCGGCUCUGAAACUACAGCUACACUCCUCAGCGGAGCUGUAUUCCUUCUUACAACCAAUCCGAGUGUGCUGAAAACGCUUACGGAAGAAGUAAGAUCAGCCUUUAGUAACGACGAAGAAAUUACGCUGCUCUCAGUCGGCAAAUUACAGUACAUGCUUGCAUGUUUGAACGAGACUUUGCGUCACUAUCCUCCUGUCGGCAUAGGACUACCACGUCAAUCGCCAAAGGGUGGCGCCAUGGUAGCAGGGCACUUCAUUCCUGAAGGCACUGUCACGGCUGUAUGGCAGUGGGCCAUCAACCAUGAUCCAAACCACUGGACAAAGCCUAUGGAGUUCCACCCUGAACGCUUCUUAAAUGAUCCCAUCUUCAAGGGUGACAAACUUGAUGCGAUGCAGCCAUUCAGCAUGGGACCUCGCAACUGUAUCGGCCGCAAUCUGGCAUAUGCUGAAAUGCGCCUCAUCCUUGCCAAGAUCAUAUACAACUUUGAUAUGAGGAUCGCAGAUGAAAGUCGUGGCUGGCUCGAGACCCAAAAGAUGUACGGGCUUUGGGACAAGCCGCCACUAGAGAUUUUCCUGUCACCCAUUGCCCACUGA